GAGCUAUUCCUGGCUGGGCUCACGUCCCAGCGGUGAAGCCGGACGGAGAGCCAGGGGCUAAGUCCCAGGAAGAAAAAUAGGGAUGGGGGUGAGGGGAGGUGUCCGUGGUCCAGAGAGAUGAUUCUGAGAAAGUGAUAUCGAGCUGAAACCUACACAUAAAAUUUCGGGAGCUAUUGGUUGGGGGAGGAACUACACCUGUGGGUUAUGGAGCAGCUCCUCCCCCCGCGAGUUUAAAGAACACGAGGGGUUAGGACUUCUGGCUCCUCAGCCUGCUGCCCACUCCUCCCCGCCCCAGGCUCCCUCUCUACUCAGAGCGCUGGUCCUCUAGGGGGGCGCGUGUGUGAGUGUGUGUGCGUGUGUAGUGGGAGUGGGGGGUCCUUCACUUUCCCCCUCUCCGGCUCCCGGUCCACGCCUCCCCGCUCCCCGCCGCCACUCUCCGGAGCGCCCGCCCACCCAGCCCCCCAGCCCUCCCCAUCCCCAGGAGAAAGGCAGAGCGGCGGCAGCGGGGAAAUGUGAAGUUUCUGCUGCUCAAAGUGACGCAAAAAUUCUUAAAGAGCUCUUUGGCGGCGGAUAUCUAGAGAUCAGACCAUGUGAGGGGCCGAGAGUACAAAUAACUGCCGCGCCGGCGCCGGAACAGGCAGCGGCGCCCGGGUGCCUCGACGGCGCGAGGGUCGCCCGCUCCGAAGCCCCGGACCAGCCUCCGCGGACUCCCGGCAGAGCUCUCAGUCCCACUGAUAUAAAGUUCUGAGGAGAUCCACAGAUCUGAGCACCAAGAAUUCAGGUCGGUCCUUGGCACAUGGGCGUCAGCAUCACCUCCUAGCCAGCAGGAUGGAGACCACCCCGUUAAAUUCCCAGAAGGAGCUGUCAGCGUAUAAGGAUGGAGAAGAUUGUCAGGAAAAUGGGGUUCUACAGAAGGGUGUCCCUGCCCCUGGGGAUAGGGCAGAGUCCGGCCAGAUCUCCAAUGGGUACUCAGCAGUUCCGAACCCUGGCGCGGAAGACGACACUCAGCACUCCAUCCCGGCUGCCACCACCACCCUGGUGGCUGAGGUUCAUUCCGCAGGGCGGGAGACCUGGAGCAAGAAGGUGGAUUUCCUCCUUUCUGUCAUUGGCUAUGCUGUGGACCUGGGCAACGUCUGGCGCUUUCCCUACAUUUGUUACCAGAACGGAGGGGGGGCGUUCCUUCUCCCCUACACUAUCAUGGCCAUUUUUGGGGGGAUCCCGCUCUUCUACAUGGAACUCGCACUGGGGCAGUACCACCGAAAUGGAUGCAUUUCCAUAUGGACGAAAAUCUGCCCAAUUUUCAAAGGGAUAGGUUACGCCAUCUGCCUCAUCGCCUUCUACAUCGCCUCCUACUACAACACCAUCAUGGCCUGGGCCCUCUACUACCUCAUCUCCUCCUUCACGGAGCAGCUGCCCUGGACCAGCUGCAAGAACUCCUGGAACACUGGCAACUGCACCAACUACUUCUCUGAGGAUAACAUCACCUGGAUGCUCCACUCAACAUCCCCUGCAGAAGAAUUUUACACGCGGCACGUCCUGCAGAUCCACCAGUCGAAGGGGCUCCAGGACCUGGGGGGCCUCAGUUGGCAACUUGUCCUGUGCAUCAUGUUCAUCUUCACCAUUAUCUACUUUAGCAUCUGGAAAGGUGUUAAAACAUCUGGCAAGGUGGUUUGGGUGACAGCCACCUUCCCUUACAUCAUUCUUUUGAUCCUGCUGGUGAGGGGGGCCACCCUCCCUGGAGCCUGGAGGGGAGUUCUCUUCUAUUUGAAACCCAACUGGCAGAAACUCCUAGAGACAGGGGUGUGGGUGGAUGCGGCCGCCCAGAUCUUCUUCUCUCUCGGCCCUGGCUUUGGGGUCCUACUGGCUUUUGCGAGCUACAACAAAUUCCACAACAACUGUUACCAAGACGCCCUGGUGACCAGUGCGGUGAAUUGCAUGACGAGCUUCGUUUCAGGAUUUGUCAUCUUCACGGUGCUGGGGUAUAUGGCUGAGAUGAGGAAAGAAGAUGUGUCUGAGGUGGCCAAAGAUGCAGGCCCCAGCCUCCUGUUCAUCACAUAUGCAGAAGCCAUAGCCAACAUGCCGGCAUCCACAUUCUUUGCCAUCGUCUUCUUCCUGAUGUUAAUCACCCUGGGCUUGGACAGCACGUUUGCAGGUUUGGAGGGGGUGAUCACAGCCGUGCUGGAUGAGUUUCCACACAUCUGGGCCAAGCGCCGGGAGUGGUUUGUGCUUGGCGUGGUCAUUACCUGCUUCUUUGGCUCCCUGGUCACCUUGACUUUCGGUGGGGCCUACGUGGUGAAGCUGCUGGAGGAGUUUGCCACGGGACCUGCAGUGCUCACCGUGGCCCUGAUCGAAGCAGUUGCUGUGUUUUGGUUCUACGGCAUCAAUCAGUUCUGCAGUGAUGUGAAGGAAAUGCUUGGUUUCAGCCCUGGAUGGUUUUGGAAGAUCUGCUGGGUAGCCAUCAGUCCUCUGUUUCUCCUGUUCAUCAUCUGCAGUUUUUUGAUGAGCCCACCACAGCUACGACUUUUCCAGUAUGAUUAUCCUCAGUGGAGCAUCAUCCUGGGUUACUGCAUAGGAACCUCAUCUUUCAUCUGCAUCCCCACAUAUAUAACUUACCGGCUGAUUGUUACUCCAGGGACACUUAAGGAGCGUAUUAUUAAAGGUGUCACCCCAGAAACACCAACAGAGAUUCCCUGUGGGGACAUCCGCUUGAAUGCUGUGUAAAACAUCAACAAAAGGAAGAUGGCUUCCCAAUAACCUCUUCCUCCAGUCCUGACAAGUCACACCUCGCCUUCUCCCUCUAAGUCCAGCUAAGCCUAUCAAUGGAAGGGCGUUCUUCAUAGAGACACAGUCCCAAAAGACUAUGGUGCCCAGAUUCUUUCGGCCUCCAGUCACUUCAUAUGAAAUCUCCAGGACAUGUUACCACAUUAGACUCUCUGAUGCAGCUAAAGUGGACUGCUUUGAAUGUGUGAGGCUGUGUAUGGAGGUGAUGAAAACCACCAUGUCAUCAUUAGGACUAGUUUAGGAUCAAGUCUGUGAGUCUCCUGUGUCAUUCCUUCUUACGAUCAUCAGUAUCUAAUAUUGUUGCUUCCAAAGAUUUCGACUGUUCAUGACUGCAUAAACCAUGUAAGAAAAAAACAGGGAUACUGUCUUGCUAGCCAUAUGUUUUCUGAGUAGCAGAGAAUCCUAUAGCUGGAGUCUAUUAGAACCCCGUAACCUGUGUGCUGCUGUGGAGUCAGGAGAGAAAGAUGUAAGAAGCUAAAUUGAAAAAUAAUGUGUAUGUGUGAGCAUGUGUGUCUGUGUGUACAACUGUUCCAGUGUAUCCUUACCCGUUACAAACUAUAUGAAUUUCCUCUAGUUUUUUUUUUUUUUUUUACAUUAACAAAUUCCACCUACU